ACUGUCUUAUAUAUUCUAAGUUUACUGUUGAGCAUCAACCUAAAAAGUUGUAAAUACACAAUUCGUAGUUGUUUGGAACAAAAUUGAUUUUUCAACAUGACAAUUUAUAUAUAAAAUUGCUGGUAAAUUUAUAAUAGAAAUGUGAAUUGUAUUAUGUAAAAACAUUGGAAUGUUUUGGUAAAACAAGUCUAGAUAUUAUUUUACGCAUUUCGACUUUCUGGUGAAAGUGUAAAUAUGUUUCCUCAAUUAAAUUGCAAAUUAUCAAAUAUAAUUAAAUCUAGAAAAAGGCACUUUCGUAUUCUUUCGUUUCUAAAUAAAUAAAUGGUAAAAAAUAAGUUUAUGUAUACAAUAUUGCAAAUUUAGUUUUGUUUGUAAACUGAUCAGCAUAUACAUGCGUUGUUUGAUUAGAAAGUAAAAAAAAAUUGCAUUCAGAAAAAUAUUUCGAGCUAUAUGCAUAAAUUAUUAUUUUUGAUAUAAAAUAUCUAGAAUUGAUAGCAAAAAUAUUUAGAAACUAAACUUUUGCGAAAGGUGCAUUUUUUUUAUAAAAUAUAGAAACUAUGACAAAGUUUGACCUCCUUGUCUUCAAUAUCUAUUGCAUUUAAGUGCCAGCUGUUUCUCAGUGCUGAUCAUGCUACAACAAAACAGUUAAAUCAAAAAUUAAUCAUGCCAGAUAGGUAUACUUUUCAUAUAUUUAUAAAACAUUUUAAUCACAUAGUAAAGAAUCUAUGCUAAUUAUAUGAAUUACUGUAUUUAUUAUCUAAUUAUAAAAUAUCUGUUUAUUAAGAAAACUACUUUUGGAGGCAAAUUUAAAUUUUACGAGGUGGAAUAAUAAAAUAUUUCUUUUUUACAAUAUAUCUGACUUAAGGAAAUAUUAUUCGACACAUAUUUAUUUUUCAAUUUUAUUUCUAAAGACAAGAUUAUUAUGAUAAUUAUAUGUUGAAUUAUAUGAAAUAAAUUUUCUAUUAUUUAUAUUGUUCAAAACAAAUUUACAUGUUUUUAAAUAUUGUUAAACAUAUGCUAAAAUGGUACAUAUUUUGUUAGGAAUAAAAUUUUGGUUAGUGCUGGAGUAAUGUGGGAUAUAACUUUUUACUGCCUCUUUAUUAGUUGUAAACUUUCAUAUUCAAUGGCAUUGUUAGAUUUUAUUUCUGAUAUUUUGUUUUAGUCAGUGUACAUUUGCAUAAUCUGAGAUCUGUAGUGUUACUUAUAUAAUUGUUUAUUAGUUUUAAUACACUAAUUAUAAUUUUAUAUGUAAUGAUUACUGUGUGUUAUAUAUCCUAUCUAUUUAUUAAUCAAAUGGUGAAUAUUAAGUAUAAUAUUUGACAGAAUCAAAAAAUGGAAAACAAUGAAGAACAAAAAUCCAAUAUCAAUGAAGCUAGCACAUCUGUACCUGUAGAUUGUAAAUCUGAUUCUCAUCUUGAGACAGAAGAAGAAAAUGCAAAGGGGCAAAAAACACCAAAUUUUGUGGUAGGUGGAUUAAUAGGAGCAUCACCACCAAAAUUUGUUUCUCUCGAAGAAAUCAUAAAUGCUGCAAAUGGCAUGAAAAAUAUGGCAUUAGCACAUGAAAUUGCGGUGGAUAAAAAUUUUCAAUUACAAAAACUUGAACCUGAUGAUGGCACAAUUCAUAGAAAAGUAAAAGAAAUUAUGCAUAAAGCUUUUUGGAAUUUAUUAGCAGAGCAAUUAGAUGAAGAUCCUCCAAAUUAUACACAAGCGUUGGUUCUACUAAAGGAAAUUAAAGAAACAUUAGAUGAACUAGUAUUACCACAUCAUGCAAAAAUUCGAGAAAAUUUAAAAGAAGUACUUGAUGUGGAUUUAAUUAAACAGCAAGCAGAAAAUGGUGUUUUGGACUUCCAUCAUUAUGCACAAUAUGUGAUAUCCAUUAUGAGUAAAGUUUGUGCGCCAGUAAGAGACGAGAAGAUUCGAGAACUUAGUCAAGAAACACAUGUUAUUGAAAUAUUCAAAGGAAUAAUGGAAGUACUGCAAUUAAUGCGACUUGAUUUGGCAAAUUUUACCAUUACUAUGAUGAGACCAAAUAUAGUUGCUUCAAGUAUUGAAUACGAGAAAGCCAAGUUCGCUGAAUUCUUAAAAGUUAAUACAAAUGGUCUACAAUUUACAGAAAAAUGGUUGUUGAGGCAUUUUGAUCCAACAAAUAUUAUGAGCAGUUCGUCUGACAUUAAUGCAGCUCGUCAGCUUACCCAUUGUCUUUUAACUGAAGCGUAUCUUGAUCUUCUAGAAUGGGAUUUUAGUCCAGAUGCAGAAACUUUGAUGCUUGAUCAAAGUAGAUUACUGGAAUUGCGUGAUAAGACCAGCAGAUUAAGCAUUAUAGGAUCUGUAAUAUUGCUAGUAAAUAAUACAGUAGGUGCACCAAUUCAUGGUGUAUCAAACUUUAAAAAGAAUAUUAAACAACAUCUUAAUGUGUUGUUAGAUUCUGUACAUUCAAAUAAGGAUUUGGAAACUGUAAUGCCAAAUAUUGUAUUACAAGUAAAAACAGACCUGAAAACGACAUUGCACGAAAUUAAUGCUGCUUCCUUAUCUCCAGAGAUAGAAACAUUAUUAGAAGGACAAAUAUUGGAUCUCAUCAAUCCAGAACAUAAAAUAAGGCACCUUAUAAAUUUAAGAAUUCGGCAAUUUUUACAAAAAAUAAUAUUAUCUCAAUCUACGGCACCACAACAAGUUCCACCUGGACUUUCAUCACUACAAGAAGAAUUAACAGCUAUAGUAGCUCAAUUUUUGAUACUUAUUUCUCAUAAUCGAAGUGUAUUUGGAGAAUAUUAUCAAGAAAUCAUUACUAAUGCACUUAUUAAAAAAGAAACUGAAAGUAAUAAAGAUAUGAGUGCAAUUCAUACCAUGGACUUGUAAAGCAAUUGAGAUUUUAAAUCAAUUUUUGUAAGGGAAACAUAUUUAUGUGUUCAUAAAAUAGCACAUUAAUUAAAAAAAUAA